AUGAAAUAGUUUAAAGUCUCUUGCGGGUUUAAGGAUGCUAUGUAAAAUUAAUCAAAAGAUGCUAAAUCUUGUUCAAUGAAAUUUGGCAAAGUUUAAGGAAUUCACAGUGGAAUUGAUGAAAAUAAUUUACAAUAAGUUAAUCAGCAUCUUAUAAACCAUUUUUCAAUUAACCCUAUUGUUAAUGCAAUUGAAUAGCCAAACAAUCCUUUACAAAAAAUACGCAAUCGAUCUAAAAAUAAAGUUUAAUCAUAAGUGGUGCAUAGUUAUUAAUAGGUUGAGUCCUUUCAAAAUUCAUAUUAAUCGAUAGAACUACUGGAUGAGAAAAAUAAGGAAGUAAAUUAUUACAAGAAUCAUAUCUAACAACUAACAGAAAAAUUGUAAAAAUUAACUGAAUAUUUUGAAACAGUUAAAAAUGAAAAUUAAUCUCUUAAAAAUUAAGUCGAUUUAAGUCAAAAUUAUCAAUUAAUCAUUUCAAAUCAAUAGUAAUAGAUUCUGAAAUUAUAGUAAGACAAUGUUGAGUUGGAAAUGAUUUUGAAGAAUGCACUUUUAUAAUAGGAAAGAUAAAAAUUUUAAUAAUAAAGUACAAAACAAACAAUGAUUACUAAGAAAAACUAAUUAGAUGGAUAAAAAUUAAAGUUGUUCAAUUACUAGAGUUUCUUAAGUGAAUAAAUGAACAAUUCCAACCGUAAUGCUCGUCUAAUCUCUUGUCCAGAUGAGUAAAGACAGAAAAGUCAUAAUGAACCAAAAACAAAUAAUUAAUCAAUUCUAACACUUCCUGAUUAUCACAAUUACUCAACUGAUUAAUAGUAGAUGCUUAUUUAAGGGAAGGAGAAUAGGAAGACUAAAUAUUGA